CGGAAGUGUGGUUAGUUGUGUGUGUUGAUAUUAUCGAUCGCUGUCAGGGUUGCUUGGUGUGUCAACGCCAAAGAACGACAAUGUAGUUAAAGUUUAUAUCAGAAGACCAACAGCGACUGUUAACCUGUUUUCUAUCGGACUGUCUCCAAAUGGCGGAAGUGAACCAGUCCGUCCUUAGUGUUGAUGAAGAGAAGUUCAAGAAAAGUGAGCAUGUUGCUUUUUACAGGCGACAGAUCCAGGGCCCGAACUUGCAGUACCAAGCCCUUUUGGACACCAUGGUGCUCACAGAGAAGGGGGCACGCUUUGAACUGCUGGAGCCCGACACGCAGACGUCACUGCUUCUUUGUGUGUCACCUUGCAAGAACGACACUGUAAGGAUAUUAAUAGACGAGCUCCAGCCGUUUAAAGCGCGCUACAGAGUUCCAGAUGUGAUAACGGGGGAACAGCAGUGUGCACAGUUGAGAGUGGAGAGACAGUCUAAGUACUGCGUCACCCUUUCUUGGUCUUCAGGCCGUCACCGGGUUUGCGUGUGGCAUUUCCCUUUCCGACUGGAGAUCCUGUGUGAGGACGAAGUGAUGGUUACAUUCAACUCUAAAAGCAAACUGUGGUUCGAGACCCUGCAGGAUCCGACCAGGGCCUCAUCUCAUGAUAGUGAGCUUCAAGAGGACCACAAAAGUUUAUUAUGGAAAGAGACUUUUAAGCAGUUUGUGGAUGUCAAAGCAAAUGGUCCCAGUAGCAUUGGGUCAGACUUCUGUUUUCACGAGUUCAGUCAUGUGUACGGUCUGCCAGAGCACGCUGACAGCCUUCAGCUCAGAGACACCAGACAUGGUGAACCUUAUCGGCUGUAUAACUUGGAUGUCUUUGCCUAUGAGUUGUACAGCCGCCUCGGCCUGUAUGGGUCUGUGCCGCUGUUGGUGGCCCACAAACCCGACAGGACUUUGGGUGUAUUUUGGCUGAAUGCGUCCGAAACGUUUGUGAACGUUCGUUACAACCAGUCUGAGCACCAGGAUGAUGGAUCACCCCAACUGAAGAGGAAGCGGAUGCAGCCUCGGACUGACGUCCACUGGCUGUCAGAAAGUGGUGUGAUUGACUGCGUGGUUCUGCUCGGGCCCAGUCCGCAGCAGCUCUUCUCCCAGUACGCCAAGCUGACAGGGUAUCAGGCACUACCCCCUUUGUUUGCCCUCGGGUACCACCAGUGCCGCUGGAACUACAACGAUGAAGCUGACGUGAAGGCCGUAGAUGCUGGAUUUGAUUGCCACGAUAUUCCAUACGACGUUAUCUGGCUGGACAUUGAGCACACGGAUGGGAAGCGUUAUUUCACCUGGGACUCUGCUCUUUUCCCCGAACCAGUCUCCCUGCAGCUCCACCUAGAGAAGAAGAGGAGGAAGUUGGUUGUUAUAAAUGAUCCUCACAUUAAGACUGAUCCUGAUUGGUCGCUGUACCAUGAGGCCAGAGACGGAGGGCACUUUGUCAAGGACAGAGAGGGACAGACAUAUCAGGGCUCCUGCUGGCCUGGCAAGUCAUCUUACCUCGAUUUCAGCAGUCCAGACACUCGAGCGUGGUACUCCAGAUGUUUCAGCCUAGAUAAGUAUAAGGGAUCAACACCAUCGUUAUUUGUGUGGAAUGAUAUGAAUGAACCGUCUGUGUUCGACGGGCCAGAGCAGACAAUGCCAAAGGACGCAGUGCAUUAUGGGGGCUGGGAACACCGGGAAUUACACAACCUGUACGGCUUCUACCAGCACAUGGCCACAGUGGAGGGUCUGAUAACUCGCUCAGGUGGCUUAGAGAGACCUUUUGUCCUUUCACGCUCCUUCUUUGCUGGGUCUCAGAGACUUGGAGCAGUGUGGACAGGUGAUAACGCUGCCAGUUGGGAGUAUCUGAAGAUCUCCAUUCCAAUGCUUUUGUCCCUAAGCGUGGUGGGCAUAGCAUUUUGUGGAGCCGAUGUCGGCGGGUUUGUUCAGGAUCCGGAGCCGGAGUUGCUGGUGCGCUGGUACCAGGCAGCCGCCCUGCAGCCGUUUUUCCGAGGUCACUCUGCAAAUACGACAAAGCGUCGGGAGCCCUGGCUGUUUGGAGAGGAAGUCACAGCCUCCAUCCGCACCGCGAUCCAACAGAGGUACUGUUUGCUGCCCUACUGGUACACUCUGUUCCACCAGGCUCACGCCUCUGGUCUGCCUCCACUCAGACCUCUGUGGGUGGAGUUCCCAACAGAACAGAGCACCUUCCCUGUGGAUAACCAGUAUAUGAUUGGAAGAGCUCUGCUGGCCUGUCCUGUAACUGACCCGGGUGUUCAAGAAAUCCAAGUCUUACUUCCUGGAUCUGAUGAGGUUUGGUAUGAUGUUCACUCUGCAAAGAUGUAUAAAGGAGGCAAGACUCUGAGUCUUCCUGUCACCCUGGAUUCAGUUCCUGUGUUCCAACGCGGCGGCUCGGUGGUCUGUAGGUCGACAGUAAGCGGAUUCUGUACAGCCGAUCUCCAGCACCUCCCCUUCUCCAUCACUGUGGCCCUCAACUCUCAGGGCGUCGCUGAUGGUGAGUUGUACCUGGACGACGGCCACUCCUUCAGUUACCGUGAUAGAAAGGCCUUCUGCCUGCGCAGGUUCAACAUGCUGUCAGGCCGUCUGCUGUGUCGCUCUGCCAGUGAAGAAGGAACAUUUGACACUGAUACUGUGAUACAGUCAGUCAUCAUCCUCGGGGUGAAGGGCAAACCGUCCACAGUGGUUGUGCAUGUGUCAGGUGCAAACGACACCUCUGCUGCGUUUCAGUACACAGAGACCUGCUGCACACUGACAGUGAGCAACCUGAACCUCAGAGUGUCGACGGACUGGGAGAUACAGAUACUGUAGGUUUACUGUAAAUGUGUCAGUCACUGAUUUUCCCUCCUCUGGAUUUCUUAUAGAUAAGUCAGGGAAAACCUUCCCAGAGUCAUUUAUUAUUAGCAAAGUACAAUACUUGACUGAAUAUAUAUUAAAUUCUAUUUUAUUAUGAUUAUAUAUUGUUUUAUGCUGUGACUAAAGUGGAGUUCACAUCACAAACUGGCACAAGAGCAGCUAACAAAUAAGUUAAAAAAAAAUGCGAAAGGGAUUACCGCUACACUUAUUAUUUUACUUGUAUUGAACUUCAGAGUUAAUUUUACUUUUGUCAAAUCCCUCCUCAGACUUCUUCAGGUACUGUAUUGUUUUCAAGUCAAGGUUCACUAAAACCUGAGUUUGCUGACUGAAUCUGGGUCUGUAGUCCUAAAGACCAGGAGUCCAAAGAGACGUAUUUUAAUCUGUUAACAAAAAAAAUUGCUAUUUCUUCUUAAAUUUUUCAAGAUGAUUGAUUAAUAAUAAUAAUAAUAAUAAUAAUAAUCAAUGAAGAAUUACAUGUGGUUUUGAAGUUGUGGAGUUAAAGUUUACCAAAUAAACUGAGCUUCCAUUGUAA